AAAUGCAAACAAGCAUGCUGUCGCCCUCAACUAGGUUGACGACGCAACUUUUCACCUGCUCGUGCUGUGUAGCGUGACCGAAAUGAAUCGCUUCUAGACGUGGAAUAUUGCUGCAGGAUUAAACAGUUUUACGUUUCAAUGAACUUGUUUCUUUCCGGAAGUCAGAAACGUGGAAUUAAAAAAAUCGAGGGAAUUUAUUUAUCAUUAAAAUAUUCAGAUGUCAAUUAGAAGUGUAUGGUAUUGAAGUUGAUUAACCAUGACGUCAGGCGCAUUUUUCGAAUUUAUUUUGUCAUAUAUUUCCGUAAAUAAGGAAGGACACAUGUUCUAGGAGAACAUUGUUGCAAUGAUUAUCUAUCACGAUUGUCUGAGUGUUAAAAUGGCUAUCCAUGACUGAGGAUAUAUGGAUGUUAAUGAAACAUUUCAUUAUGGACAGCCUUCAAAAAAGUGCAGCUCAAAGACAUGCUGAGAGUAAUGACCCACGAAUACCAAUAGCGUGGCGUCAUCGGGAGAUGACUUUCAACAAUUCUUGUGCCAGAAGAACUUCUUCCCCAUCAGUAACAUCAUCUUCAUCCGAUGACCGUGAGGAGGUUCCAAUUGUAAGACAACAUUACCGACCACUAAGUCGCCAUAGCAAUAUCAGCAACAUGGAAAGAAGAGAUGAUCGUCUUGACCACUAUGCUACCAUACGCAAUGAGAGAUUAGAGCAUUUCUCUUCAUCCCGCAGUGACAGAAUGGACUCAUAUUCUCAUCGUAAUACUCCACCAGUGGAAAAUUACUUCCAUGGACCUUUCCGGAAUUCGGCUAAUGGAUCAACUGGUACUUUGAGAUCCACAAGAAGCGUUCCAGCUCUAGCUUUUGCAGCUGCAAUGGAGGGCCCAGAUCCAUGCCCUAUCCAUGGGGGAAAUCAUGGACCAAUGCGAAGACAUGGCUCAUUGUUUGACAUACGAUCUCCACCUGUAGGAGGGCCACUAAGCCUAGCUGGUCUUGAUAAGAAAAAUUUUUAUGGUUCAAAACAUUCACUCAUAAAUGGGCAUCCACCACCGCCACAUUUCCAGCUUCACCCAGAAAUGCCACAAUAUUUACCACCACAUAUGAUUAACCCAAUGAUGAGACAACCUCAUCAUUUAGGAAUGCCAGUUAUAAUGGAGCCUAUACCAAUGAGAGAUCAUUUUAAUAAAUCAAUGGCAUUUCAUCGCAACGGAGUCAAUGGAUAUCCUACAAAGGAGCCGAUAGAUCCUUACAGUGUGGAACAAGUUUGCUGCAAAGGGCAUUUGAUAGUUUUGUGGAUAAUUUUAGGUGUCGUUACAGUUGGCGUUAUUCUUGGAAUUAUAAUGGGUGUGACAAUAACUUAACUUGUUUUUUGGCUUAAUGAAUAUUCAACGUUUCAAGAAGUCGUCAGAAAUAUGAAAUGUUCUCAUAUAUAUAAAUCUAUCCUGAAUUACUACAGUCUGAAAGGUACUGAAGGUUGUUCAUUGCAAUUCAGUUUAAAGAUCUUUCUUGUACUCAUUUAACAUUAACAUUGAAGUUUUAGUGUCAACGAUUACUGUAUGACAGAAAUAUUUUUUUCAAGGAAAAUGCAGGAGCUUUUCAUAAUUUAAAAGGAACAAACAAUGAAUUUAUAGGUUCCGAUGUAUUUAUUCUUAUAGAUAUGGACACUGAUUAUGGAAGAUAACAUAUAAUGGGAAAAUAUUUAUAAAAUAAAUGUUAAUACCUUGGCAUUUGCUAACAGGUGGCAAAAAUUAUCAAUAUUUAUUUUUUAAAGAAAACAUAUGGAUAGUUGCGAAUUUGAUUCUGAACAUGGAAAUUUGUAAUUUAAAAUUGUUAUACAAGUUCUGGUUAUGGCUUUGUGGAAUAAAUUGCUAUAU